UUUGUCGUCUGGCCCAGCCAGAAAUACGCUCAUACCAUUCCCACUUGUCAUAUAAAAACUCCAACCCUAUAUAGGGUUUCAUUUUCUUCAUCUUCUUCUUCGUUCAGGGUUUUACUCUCUUUCCCAGCGCCGACCUUCAACACCAAAAAUGCCUUCCCACAAGACCUUCAUGAUUAAGAAGAAGCUGGCGAAGAAGAUGAGGCAGAAUAGGCCUAUCCCUCACUGGAUCCGCAUGAGGACUGACAACACCAUCAGGUACAAUGCAAAGCGCAGGCACUGGCGCCGUACCAAGCUUGGAUUCUGAGGUGUUUUUUGUUGUUUUAUUGUCAUUGCUUCUUUAGCAUAGUAUUUGCGAAGAUGAUGAUGUUAUAGGGCUUUUUAUGUUUUCCAUUUGCUUAAGAAUCCAAUUUGUAUGGAAUUCAUAAGAGUCCCUUUCCCCAGAUGUUUAUUUACUGUUUUUGACUAGUAUUUUCUUGGAUUGGAUUGAUAGUGGUGGUUGAUGAAGAGAGCUUGAUUAUGUA